GUCAAAACAAUUUUGAAUAGGCUUGUUUUGCAUAUUUUUCAUGAUUUUUAAAACAAUUUAAAUAAUAGUUAAAGAUGACUGCUCCUAUGGAAAGAAUUCAAGUUUUAGACUCUAUAGAAAAAGACAUAAUUACCUGUUUAAAUAGCGCAGGACAAGUGUUCUCUGAGCUAAGUAAGGAAAAAUCUAGUUUAAAACAGGCAGAAAAUCAUACUCAAACGUUCCUCAAAACAUUAGGAUCAGUAGAAAACAAGUUAACCGAUCAAAUUAAUUACUUGACUCAAGUUUCUACAGGACAGCCACAUGAAGGUUCUGGAUACGCAUCUCAAAAAGUGCUGCAAAUGGCUUGGCAUAGAUUAGAGCAUGCCAGGUCGAGAGUAAACGAACUAGAAAAAAUUAAGUUUAAACAUCUACAAGGACGUACAGCUCAGCCGCAGCGAUUGCAGACUCAAACACAACUACAGUCCGGGGCUAGUCUGUCCAAUACAGCAAUGAACGUGCCUCAAAUUCAGUCUCAAUCUACCUGACAGUUGACUGAAAUGUAUAAAGAAUUAAUAUUUCGGAUGUUAGAAUAUCAAAUGUGUAGUGAAAGCACAAACAGGGCGGGAAAUAAUUGAAAUAGUCAAUAACAGCAUUGUAUAGACAGUAUUAAUAAUUAUGUGGAAAAUUUAGCAAGUAAAGGUUUUUAACAAAAUAGUGCAUCUGCACCUCUUGUACCCUAAAAUAUAAGAAACAAAAAAUAUGUACCUAUUUACCGUGUAAAUAUAUUUUUCAGCUUAAAUACUGUGUCAUUUCUUUCUCGACAAAAACUUUAUUUGACUAAAACUUAUUUAAUAUAACUAUAUUAUUUAGACUUGAUUUUGUCAUGCAUGAUUUAUCUUUAUCAUUUACAGUGGACCAAUUAGCUAAAAAAAAAAAAAUUAAACCAAGCUUAGUCUGAUUUAUUUUUGGAUAUAUGGAGGUGCUGGAUUCAGUUCAUCAAUUUCCAAGUCUAAGGAAAGAUUUU